AGCCACCCCAGCCCCCCUCGCCCCGUCCCUCUCCCCUCGGCCCCCCACCCUCCAGCCCCGUCCCUCCCCGCCGCCCUCCCCGGCCACCAUGAACACCAACGUGUGCGUGGAGAGCGGCCCCAACCCCGAGGCGCCGGGGCUGCCCAAGGACAGCCACCUGCCCGAGGGGGCCCUCAACAGCCUUGUGGAUUACAACUCGGAGAUGGAGAGGUACCGCUCCUUCGCCACCUUCUACAAGACCAACGGCGGCGCCUUCCCACAGGCGGCCAAGAUCGCCCGCAUCACCACCCCCAUCUUCCCCAGCGCCGCCGCCGCCGCCGCCGCCCGCAUCGGCAUGUCCCCCUGGAACUGCGACACCGCCACGGCCGCCGCCGCCACCGCCAUGCUCUGGGGCAGCGGCGGCGGCGGCGGCGGCGCGGCGGGCGGUGCGAGGAAGCCCUCCUCUGCCGCCGCCGCCUCCGCCUCCGCGGCCGCCGCCGCCGCCUCCUCGCUGCACGCCGGCAGGGGCGGCAUGCACCACCGGAGCGACUCGCAGCGGCUGGGCAAGCCCGGCUGCCCGCCGGCAGAGCAGCCCGCCCUGCCCAUGGCCAACGGCAACUUCCUCUCCACCCUCUCCCCCGAGCACUGCCGGCCGCUGGCCGGAGAGUGCAUGAACAAGCUCAAGUGCGGCGCCGCCGAAGCCGAGAUCAUGAACCUGCCCGAGCGCGUCGGCACCUUCUCGGCCAUCCCGGCGCUGGGCGGCCUCUCCCUGCCCCCCGGGGUCAUCGUCAUGACGGCCCUGCACUCCCCCGCCGCGGCCUCGGCCGCCGUCACAGACAGCGCCUUCCAGAUCGCCAACCUGGCGGACUGCCCGCAGAGCCACGCCUCGGCCUCGCCCGCCUCCGCCCUGGGCGCCGCCGCCGGCGCGGGGGGCGGCGGAGGCGGCGGCGGUGGCGGCGGUGGCGGUGGCGGCGGAGGGGGGGCCGGCGGCGGCAGCGGGGCCGGGGCCGGGGCGGGCAACCCCGCCAAGAAGAAGCGGAAACGCUGCGGGGUGUGCGUGCCCUGCAAGCGGCUCAUCAACUGUGGAGUCUGCAGCAGUUGCAGGAACCGCAAAACGGGACACCAGAUCUGCAAAUUUAGGAAAUGUGAAGAGCUUAAGAAAAAACCGGGCACUUCGCUAGAGGUCAGAGGAGAUGAUUUCUUUUUCCCCAGCCUCCCGCCGUCCCUUCUCAACCCCCUGCCCCCGCCCCUCCAGUGCUUCUUGUCUAGCUUCAAGAUGCAGCAUCCCUUUUCCGAGGCCUCCUUCAGGCUCUGAGGGUGCCCCCGCCGCGGGCGCGGCCCCCCGCGGCGCUGCCCCGCCGCCCGCCCGCCCCUUCUCCGCCCCGCAGGGAUGAGAAACGCCGCCCCCCGUGGCGCCCCGCCGAGCGCUGCGCCCCCCGGCAGCCGGCCCCGCCGAGGAGGGACGGAGAGCCGCCCCCGAGGGCGACCCGGCCCUGCGGAGCCGGGGGGCUGCCGCGGGGCGCCGGCCCCUCCCCGCCAGCCCGUGGCCGUGACGAGACGCUGCUCGCCUGGUGUACCUGCCGUGCUGUUCCCAUAAGACUGCUGGCUCUCUCUGGUUCCUUUUCUUCUCAUUUUCUUCUUCGUCCUCAUUUUUUAAGGGAGAUUCGUGGCUGUCUGUGGGGACAGGGAGGUGGGAAAGGGAAAGUUUCAGCUGAACGCCGUCGGAAGUUCAGGGAAAAGCAAUGGCGAGUUCAUCUCCAGGCUGGCUGGUAGCAGUUUGUCUGAGAGAGACAGCUGGCCCUAGAGCCUGGUAGUCUGUGAAAUGUGCCCACAUUAAUCCCUUUGGCAGCGUCUUUUACGAAAUAACCCGCUCACGGUGUGUAAAACACAAUGGAAAUUUAGCACAGGGAUGACCAAACUGAUUUGCACAUACGGUUAUUUUGACAACGCGUCGUCGGCACUGACAACGUAUUAUGUUUUCCAAAGCUGUAAGGACAGGUUUCAGGUUUGCUGGAUGUAGGAGAGACAGGCAGCUCCCAUCUCACAGACAUUCCAGUUCAUGUAGUGGGUACAACAGACAAUGGGAACCCAAAUACACAAAACGGCAAUGGGCUGAUACCAUUUGGCGAAGGAAACAAGCGAGGGGAAAGACUAGUAAUCAUCCUUAAUCCCUUGUCAUUAUUAAAAUUAUAGUGUUGCUGGUAAGACACACAGAUGCAUCUGAAGGUGUCGGGGAUGAUGGAUUUAGUACAAAGGAGCAAUGUAUGCUGGGUGACAUCGAGGUUUGUAGUCACAGAAAUUAGCAACUAAGUGAGAAAUUGCAACUUCCCUCUCUGUGUGUGUGUGAGCAGGGCUGUUAUUCCCUUACUCACUGCUUGUAGGAGUUCUCUUCAAGAAGAAGGAGGUGGGGUAAAGGAUUCCAGGGAAAAAGCAACACCAGGAGCCCAUUAAUUUGAUCACCAUUAAAUAAAUAGAAUAACGGAGUUUGGAGCAAUACUGCCAUGGGACAAAAGCAGCAUUGUGGGGUUUAACUGACAUUUGGCUGAUGCCAUUAACUCUUCCCUAACCCUAAGCAGCCCCAUCAAACCAACCAAUGAAUUCCUCCUCACAAGAGUGCACUGUCCAUGCUGAAAGUUCCAUUUGUAGCUAACCAUCCUCCUAGCUCUUUCUUGUGGGCUUGUGGUGACCCACUGCCACCUAUGCAGGAACCAGGAUGGACUCCCCAGGUGCUAGAAACUAGGAUUGGGCUUUGAGCCCUUGUUUUCCUCAAUGAUACGCCUCUGUGGGCUUUGUAACAAGUUCACAAAGAAGGUACUUUACGCCCUGAUCUGUUAGUGAUGGGUUAUAAUGAGUACAGCCCAAAAGAGACUCCCCCCAACCAGAGAUGUAGAGAAUCCUUCCCACACCACCCCACAGCAGGGGUGCCUUUGUAUGCCAGGUCCCUCAUUGGGCUUGCAGACCAGGGUGCCGCUGGGAUUUAAUGUUUGUGAUAAAUGAUGGGUUCUGAUGGCUUAUCGAUUUGUGCAGAGAGUGAGCUAUCUCUGGAAGAAACGAAUUUGUGCGUUAUCAGAUCUUCCUGUGGGUUUGUGUGCAUCUCUGAGCACAUUUACAGAACUUCCUCGCUCCUGACAGAGGUUUUCGACAGCCUUAAAAACUACUCAGGUGUGUUAUGAGAAUGCCGCCUGUUAAAACUGUUUAACCACUGUGACUAGUAAAGCCCACGGUUUAAUUAGCCACUUGUGUACCCUCAUAACCACCUGUCUUCAUUUCUUUUCUUCACUCUUUCUCCCCCACUCACUCUCUCCUCUUUGUGUUCUGAUGGAUACAUAAAUGCAAAAACUCUGCUGCUGUGCUGUGAGUGGAAGGAAGCAGGUUUCUCAUUCCAGCUGUGGAGGUGUCAGUAAGGCAUUGCUUCUCUGCAGGUUGUGGCCCAUCGCAAAGUUCUGUCACAGGAUGCGGCUAAUUUCUAUGCAGAAACAUGGUUUGUCAGUAGGAGAGGCAGAGUAACUUUCUUAUGUGGUAGUUUUCCUUGUAUCUUCUCCUUCUUCCUUUUAUUUCAAUUAACUGAUGAAGAGUGACAGCAGGGCUGCCUGAAGCACGUGUGCAGCUGCAGUGCACUGGCUGCGAGGCCACCAGCUGGAAGGGUGUUGGAGAGUGGCAGGGCCUACCUGAGGGCUUGGCAGUGAGGGCAGCUUGCUUUGGCCUCUGCUCCUGGAGAGGCAGCAGCUCCAUGUGGGUAAUCCCCAUUCACCCCCGCAGGCAUGGUCCCAGGGCUCACAUUCCACUAUGUACUCAGGAGAUUUGUGAAUCAGGCCCAACAGUGGCAGCAAGUUGUGGAGAUGAUUCAAGGCAGGGGGGCGGAACUGUGCUUAAAACUGAAAUAAACGAAGAAUGAGAAUGAUACCAGUAAACAGUAAGCUGGCUGAUCCCACGGAAACCAUUUCUCUCUUUUUCCUUUAAAUCUUUUCUUCUACUCGUGCAAUGAAGGCAUAGGAUAUAACUCUCAAGGUUAAUACAUGGAAUCAAAGAAAGAUCCACAUGAAUGCUUUCCAGUCCCUGACCUUUGCAUUUUUAAUGGAAUGCUUCCCUCCCAG